AUGGUUGUCAGUCAACUCAAUUCUGAACCUAUUGAAUCGAAGUCAGAUGCAAUAUCAGCGACAAAAGCUGAAGAUACAUUCGAUCCACAUACGACAAAAUGGUCUGAUGUAAAUCUUCUCAAAUUUGGAACUUUAAUUGCUGUUUCCACAACUUUUGAAAGUGCUAUUUUCUACCCAUUCUUUGUUUUGAAAACACGCGAACAAAGUGAUCGACGCAAUUUAACUCUUCUACAAUCCUUUCGAUAUCAUAUUCGUGCCAGUAUUUCGAAAACAACUACAACUGGUAGUAUAUCGUCAUUGUAUCGCGGGUUUUGGUUUUCAAAUAUCGCUGGUUUACCCGCGUAUGGUCUCUACCUUGGUGUUUACAUUUCUACGAAAGAUCGAUUGAACGCUACAAAUAAUACAUCAGCACGAUUUUAUGCACCCUUUCUUGCUGGUGCUCUCGCUGAUGCCGUUAGUGUGUUAUUCUACGUCCCUAGCGAUGUGAUUGUUCAACGUCUCCAAGUAUCUGAUAGUCCUUACAAAUCUUCGUUUGAUGCAAUUCGUAAAAUCUAUGUUAAUGAAGGUAUCAAAGGUUAUUAUCGAGGACUUGGUGCCACAUUUAUCGUCAGUGCGCUUGCAUCAUCUAUAUGGUGGACAUCUUAUGAAAAUGUCAAAACUCUUCUCUAUCAUCCAUCAAUAUUACAUUAUUUUACAUGGAAGAAAUCGUCAAAGGACGACACACAUGCUGUUCAUCGUCUUCCACAGCUAGCAGCCGGUUUUGUUGCUGGAACAAUCACGUCCGCAUGUGUGAAUCCACUUGAUGUGGUGAAAACACGAAUACAAACUCAAAAUAUCGAUACAUUAGGAAAAACAUCAUCGACAGUUCUCUAUAGAAACACGUUUCACGGUUUAGCGUGUUUAUGGCGUGAAGAAGGCAUAAAUGGAUUGUUCCGGGGUGUGUUACCAAAGCUGAUGUCUCGCGGACCUAUAUCAGCUCUCAGUGCACUUGUGUUUGAACUAGUUCUUUACUAUUCGAGGGAUAAUUUACAUUGA